AUGAGCAGAUAUGGAGCUUUAAAGCUUGGCGCCAAAACCUCAGCCUAUUUGCUCACCGCCACUGGCCUCGCCGCCCUUGCUUCCGAUCCCUCCAACUCCGCCGAGACGCUCGAUCUACCCUCCAACUUCCUAAAUGCCGUUGUCCGAUCCUCCCGCGCCGUGUUCUCCAUCACCUCGUGCGUGGUUGAUUACAAGUAUUCACUGCACGGUGUACCCGCCGGCUCUGAGGAGUAUGGGGCCGCAUUGUCUGAGAUACAUCUACGGUCAGCAGGAAGAAUUUUAAAAAUGUGUGAUGCAAACAAAGGUUUCUACAUCAAAGCUGGUCAAUUUGUUGCAGCCAUGCGACAAGUUCCAAGAGAAUACUCUUCAACUCUAUCCUCUUUGCAGGAUCAGGCAGUUCCAUGUGAUUUCGAAGCUGUUAAAGAAGUUGUAGUCAAGAGUCUGGGGAAGGAUUUGUCAGAGAUCUUCCACUCAUUUGAUGAGCAACCCAUUGCCGCAGCUUCAAUUGCUCAAGUACACCAUGCCUAUUUGCAAGACCAUCAGGAAGUUGCGGUCAAGGUUCAAUAUCCAGGAUUAGAGUAUCAAAUGAAUUUUGACCUCACAACCAUGGCUUUCCUAUCCAGAUUUGUUGCAUGGCUUUUUCCAGAGUACAGGUUUCAGUGGCUGGUUACAGAAUUUACAAAGUCCAUUGCUUCUGAACUUGAUUUCAUUCAGGAGGCUAAAAACUCGGAAAGAGCAGCAUAUAAUUUUCGAAAGAACAGUAGGGUCAGGAUCCCUCGUGUUUACUGGGAUUUCACAAGCAGACAGGUCUUGACUAUGCAGUUCUGUAAAGGACAGAAGAUUGAUGACGUGGAAUAUCUGAACAGAAUGGGAAUAAAUCCACUUAAGGUGGCAAAAACACUGAUUGAUGUGUUUGCUGAGAUGAUAUUUGUCCAUGGUUUCCUGCAUGGAGAUCCACAUCCUGGAAAUAUCUUAGUUUCACCACAUGGGCCUGAUGGCUAUUCAUUAGUCAUUCUGGAUCAUGGGAUUUAUAAACCAUUGUCUGAAGAUUUCCGAAAGAACUAUUGCCUUCUCUGGGAAGCUUUAAUCUCACUGGACUCUCAAAAAAUACAACAACUGGGUGAAACCUUCGGUGUUGGGAAGUAUGCGAAAUUCUUUCCUGUAAUAUUUACUGGAAGAACCAUGAACAGUAAAUCCGCACUCGGGAAAGGGAUGUCGGAUGAAGAGAAAAAAUAUCUGAAGGAGGAAGUCAAGUCUUUGAUGAGCAAGCUGGGUGCUUCUCAACGAGUCCGACUACUAUCUUAUGCGAAAUGUGCCUUGUCUGGGCUCUCUACAGAGGCAAGUGCUGAAUCAGGUUCUGCAGUACUUGUUUUGUCCAGAUUUAAGACAAGGAUCAAAUAUAUUCAAUUGAGGUUACUUCUAGAGAUCAUGGAGUUUGUUGCUUACAUGGAUGAUGUAAGUCGGUCAUUGAUUACAAAGUUGAGACGGCUCAUUUUAUCGGCUAAAGAUCGCAUUUGGAGUUUACACCACCUUCUUGUUUCAGCCACGCGGAGCGCGUCGGCCCCUACUAAGAAGUUCGCGGGUCAGCGCGUCCAGGUCGAGAAUCUCACAGGUCUACGCGUCCAGGUCGAGAAUCUCACGGGUCUGUGCUUGGAGCAGAACUCUCGGACGGGGCUGACUAUAGUUAUGUGGUCCUUGCGAUUGCCAGUAAAGCUACUGCAGCUGGCACCGUGGGCUCCUAGUCGCGGCUUUUUCCGGCUCUUGGCUUGGGUUGGCCUUCCCGGACUGGCUACAAUUGCUUUAGCAGGAGCUGCUGUCGGUAUUCGAAAUGUCUUCAGUUCUUUGAUCCUCACAAUUGCUCCUUGUGAUGCAGCAGAACCAUGGAAAGACGGAUCUCAAGAUGCAGCAUUACUUACGAUGCAAGAAACCAAAGCAUACAACACAAAUAACCACUCAUUGGCAGGGUCCAAAUGGGAGAAAAUGCAUGAAUGGGAAGGGCAGCAAAGAGAAACUUAA